CUACUGAACGGAUUUUUAGUGAAAGGGCCCCAAAUCAACACUUUGAAGCGCUUGCGCCAGGUUUAUACAAGGCAUCUUUGUAAUAUUUCUAGUAAUAUUCGCAAUUUAAAAGACUGACAAUGCCUGUAAGAAGAGCCCUACACGCAGGAAGCUGGUACACUGAUUCAGGAGCUGAAUUGUCCAGACAAUUGGACCACUGGCUUAACCAAGCUGAUCUAAGCCAUGGGCCUGCCAGGGCAAUAAUUGCUCCUCAUGCUGGAUAUCAGUACUGUGGAGCAUGUGGAGGACAUGCCUACAGACAAAUUAGUCCUGUAGUAGUACGUAGAAUCUUCGUGCUGGGCCCUUCUCACCAUGUGCGUUUGCCAGGCUGUGCCUUGUCAAGUGCACAAAAAUAUAAGACUCCAUUGUAUGACUUACAUAUAGACAUGACAGUGAAUAAUGAACUAGAGAAUACCGGUGAAUUUGAGUGGAUGGAUUUGGAUACGGAUGAAAACGAACAUAGCAUAGAAAUGCAUUUACCUUAUAUCGCAAAAGUUAUGGAAAACUACAAAAAUCAAUUUACUAUUGUUCCUAUCUUAGUUGGAUCUCUAACACCAGAAAAGGAAGCACAGUAUGGCCGAAUUUUCGCCCAAUAUUUAGCAGAUCCUAAAAAUCUUUUUAUAAUAUCAUCAGACUUUUGCCAUUGGGGUCAUAGGUUCAGAUACACUUAUUAUGAUAGGUCAUACGGUAGUGUCUAUCAAUCUAUUGAAGGACUGGAUCGUGUUGGCAUGAAUAUUAUUGAAAAUUUGAAUCCGACCGAAUUUACAAACUAUCUUAAGAAAUAUGGAAAUACUAUCUGCGGUAGACACCCUAUUGGAAUUCUGCUACAGGCCAUACAAGAACUACUCAGGAGCGAUAACUCCCAAAAUGCUAGUCUGAAAUUUUUGAAAUACGCUCAGUCAAGUCAGUGUCGUAACAUGAACGAUUCAUCUGUAAGCUAUGCCUCGGCUGCCUUGGUAAUUGAUUAGUAUAAGAGGGGCCUUACAUCUUUUAAUUUUCAUAGGACAUCUAAAAUGUCAAGUAAUGGUUUAUUAUGAUAGUGGCUAGCCAAUACACUUUGAGUAACUCUUCCAGAAAAUGUACCAAUAAUCAAAAAUAUCUUGAAUUUUAAGAUGUUCUAUUAUUAAUUAUAUUUUAUUAAUGUUUUUCAAUUUAGACUCUAAUGGUCGAAAUGAGCAUAUUUUUUCUUGAAGAGAUACUGUGUUUACCAACGCUAUAACAUGUUUUUAUUUAUAAGUUUUAUGGGUCUCAUAGAGACAGGAAGAGGUAUAGACUUUAAGUGCAAUUACAUUUGUAGCCAGAAUAUACAUAUUAUUUUUCUCUAUGUUAGGGCCAUUUGAGCAAUUUUUUUCUAGGUUUAGUAUUUUUUGUUACACAUUGACCAGAGGCUGAUUUCAUUAAUAUUAACAGUAGAUCAGUAAUAUUAGAGUACAUGUAUGUAUAUAUUUGUGAACUCGGUUUAUGCAGUGUCCAAUAUAAGCAUGUCUAUAAUGAGGAUGUCGAAAGGAAGUGUUCCCAAAUUAAUUAUAUUUCUUACGACUUCCCAGAUCCCAAAGCUUUUGUAAGGAACACUGUAUACCGUACCGAAAACCUGCAAGCAAAAUGUUUAUUGCUUGAAAAUGUUUUCAAAUGCAUUUCAAAAAUUACUGAUCGAUAUGUUGUUGAUUUUUUACUAAUUAUUACCUCAGAGGCCUUUGUGGUCAUUUUUGUUUAAACUAAUAGCUGGAGUUCCCAAUUUUGAUAUCAUUUUCCCGGUUUUCUACAUUGCUGUAUAUUUGUUGUGUUAACUAUAAUGUAUAAUAUGGUGGCGUGGAGUGAAGUAGAUACGUAGUUUUAUAUGUCAUAUUUUUAAUGCGACCCAGUGUAAUGUAUUCAAAGUCACCACUUUGAAAGUAUCUGUAGUCAUUUAAGUAAUUUUCAAAGAAAGAGCAAUAAUUUGUUUUUGUCCCUGAGGCUUUUUAGGUAUAGGUACAAAAUUUACUUACCAACAACUUUUAGGUACUCAAAAUUAUGCUUGCAUAAUGCCAGAAAGUAAAUUUUCUACGAACAUUUUUAGAAUUAGCAGUAAUUAUUCUUUUUCAAGUUAUGGUUUGUUUAUUUAUGACAAAACAAGCUAAUUUGUUCGUUAACAGUAAAACUGGUUGCAAACGCAAAUU